CUACAUCUCACUGUGAUAAAAAUUCGAACGAACAGAUUCGGAAAACGGAUUCCGAUUGGUGCUUACACUUUGUAGCUUGAGUGGCCUAGUCCUAGAGUCUACCUGACUCCUCCUUCAUCACCGUUCCUACAAGCGAUUGGAAUGGCAUUAACCGCGAUAUGGACCAACUGAAGAAUAAACUGGAGUUCAUAGAUGGUAAUGUUCAGUGUCUACCUAAUAGACUGUUGAGAAUACAUACAUAUGGAGACACUGGAGUAUGUGAAGAGUUACAUGAGAUCGAUGGCUGCAACCAUUGCCGGGCAAACAGGGCAGCAGGCAACGCCGCUUCCUUCGCAAAUUACAUCGGUGGAGGAACUACAGUCAUUUGUUAUACUAAUGCAGGAUGCAUUCAACAAUUGUCUAAACUGAAAGAUGUGCAUGGAGACACGUUGUCGGAGACUGUACGCCUCAUGAUGCAGCGUCUUCUAACGCGGUCAUUGAUGGCGGUGAUCAAUUACUCCGGUCUCCGCAACAAACACGGAUUCCGGAAGAUGAAGCUAUUCACCGAAGUGCAAGGUAAGCAACAUCUUUGCCCUUUCAUCCCCGUCGUAGCUGCUCUAUUAAAACGUUUCU